GCAAGUGGGCAUGAUGGCCGUGCUUCGAGAGGCUUCCAGGGGCAGUGCGUGGAGGAGAGGAGCGACCUGAGCCGAGAGAGAGAGAGAGGGAAGGAAGGAAACACCAGGAACCUCCCUCCUCCUUCCUCUCCCUUCCGCCUCCUCCUCCUCCUCAUCCUCCCCCGCGCAUCCUCGGGCCCCUCCGGCCGGCGACGCGGGACGCGGCAUGGCCACCGGCGGCGACAACGGGUGCGGCCGCGGGGAGCCGGCGGCGCCCGGCGGCGGCGACCUGUACGCCGUGCUGGGGCUCAGCAAGGAGUGCUCCGACGCCGACCUCAAGCUCGCCUACCGGAAGCUCGCCAUGAGAUGGCAUCCGGACAGAUGCUCGUCCUCCGGCGGCACCAAGCACAUGGAGGAGGCCAAGGAGAAGUUCCAGGAGAUCCAGGGCGCCUAUUCCGUCCUCUCCGAUGCCAACAAGCGGUUCCUCUACGACGUGGGGGUGUACCAGGAAGAAGAAGACAGCGACGACAGUAUGCAGGGGAUGGGGGACUUCCUUGGUGAGAUGGCCCAUAUGAUGAGCCAGGCGCGGCCAGCGAGGCAGGAGAGCUUUGAGGAGCUGCAGCAGCUGUUUGUGGACAUGUUCCAGUCUGAUAUUGACUCAGGAUUUUGCAAUGGACCUGCCAAGGGCCAUCAUGACCCGUUCCAAACAUUCUCGACCUCCCCUUCCUCGUCGCCAUCUCCACCACCUCCGCUAGCUACAGAGGCAGAAGCAGCCUCAUGUAACGGCAUUAACAAGCGUGGCUCAUCAGCAAUGGGCUCUGGGAAGCCUCCAAGAGCUGGGGAAGCGGGUGCGGGUUACAGCCAGCCUGAGUUUUGUUUUGGGACGAGCGACGCCAAGCAAGCGCCGAAGGCGCGAGGCGGGAACACCAGCAGGAGACGGAACGGGCAAAAGCAGAAGCUGUCGUCGAAGCACGACGUCUCGUCUGAGGAUGAGAUGCUGAGCCCGCAGCAGCCCAGAGUAGUAUGACCCUCGAUACAACCACCUGGCCCCUUGUCACCUUAUGUCCUGACCAUGUCCUUGGUCACCCAGUAUCAGUGCAGCCAGCAAGUAGAGCGCCAGCGCCGGUAGCUGUUACAAGGAGGGGGGGUUGCUUCGUCGAAGGCUAUGUAGGCCCCCCUUAGAAGGUUUGUAAGAGAACCUAGCGUGUAAGACUCGUCGAUGUUUGCCGCGUUCUUCUUUCUCGGUUUGUGCCGCUAUGUUGUUGUUGUUGUUGUUGUAAGCAUUGGAUUCUCGAUUGAUUCAGUGUUCAUUGUUGUUAUGAUGGAAGAAGUAGGCUCCUUGUUGUGGUAA